AAUUUCAACUGGUACCAUGACUCUAAUUUAAAAUAUAAUCGACUUGAUCUCACCAAACUUGACCCAUCACCCAUAAUACAGCUCUAAGAAGUUUCAUGUUAGUGAUUUGAUUUUUUGCAAAUAGACAAUUUUUUUAUAUUUUUUUCCGUAUGUAUUCAAAUCAAAUCACAAGUUUGAUUCGACCAUGAUAGAUCUACUCCGUAUUAAACUAUAAUUGAGGCAACUCCGAUCGAUCCGGUACGAGUAGUAGUGCCUGCCGAAACUAACGGGUGAAGAGAUGAGAGAAAAUGUAAGAAAAAUGUUGAAGAAGGUGGUGGAUGUGAAGGAAGCCAAGGAACAAAUAUCAUUUGCACUGCCCAUGAUACUCACUAAUGUGUUUUACAAUCUGGUUCCAUUGGUUUCGGUUAUGUUUGCUGGUCAUCUCGGUCAACUACAACUGGCUAGCUCUACUCUUGCCAAUUCUUGGGCAACUGUCACCGGAUUUUCUUUCAUGAUUGGCUUAAGUGGUGCACUAGAGACAUUAUGUGGGCAAGGAUUUGGUGCAAACUUGUACAAAAUGCUAGGGAUAUAUCUUCAAGCAUCAUGUAUGAUCUCGAUCAUUUUCUCCAUAAUCAUAUCUACAAUAUGGUGGUUCACCGAACCUAUAUUGAAUAUACUACUCCAUCAAAAUUCGAACAUUUCUAAAGAAGCAGCAGUUUACAUGAGAUUUCUAAUACCAGGAAUAUUCGCAUUUGGUCUUUUACAAAACAUCUUAAGGUUCCUCCAAGCACAAUCUGUGGUUUUACCCUUGGUUACAUUCUCACUCGUUCCAUUACUCUUACAUUGUGUCCUUGGCUAUUUCUUGGUUCAUUUCACAACCCUUGGAUAUACGGGAGCAGCAUUGGCCACCUCCUUGACGUUUUGGUUAUCGCUUAUAAUUUUGGUCAUAUAUGUGAGCAUUGCUAAAAAAUUCGAGCAUACUUGGAGAGGGUUAUCAAAGGAAUCGUUUCACCAUGUCUUCGUCUACUUGAAAUUGGCAUUACCUUCCGCUGCUAUGGUUUGUUUGGAGUAUUGGGCAUUUGAAAUCUUGGUGUUGUUGGCUGGCCUCAUGCCAAAUUCUGAAACAACUACUUCACUCGUCGCAAUCUGUGUCAAUACAGAAACAAUAGCUUACAUGGUUACUUACGGGCUGAGUGCUGCAGCAAGUACGAGAGUUUCUAACGAGCUUGGAGGCGAGAAAGUAAAUCAAGCAAAGCAUGCAAUGAGAGUGACACUGAAGUUGUCGAUUCUCCUAGCGGUUUUUAUGGUUCUUGUUCUAGGCUUGGGACAUGAUAUUUGGGCAGGCUUCUUUGGUGGCAAUGCCAGUAUAAUCAAAGCAUUUGCCUCCUUGACUCCUAUGCUUUGUAUUUCAAUUUUUUUGGACUCGAUUCAAGGCAUACUAUCAGGGGUAUGCAGGGGAUGUGGUUGGCAGCAUUUAGUCAUGUACAUUAACUUGGGGACAUUCUACCUCAUUGGUAUGCCCGUUGCAUACUUAAUUGCCUUCAAGUUUCAGAUGUAUGUCAAGGUAAUUAUCAUUUAUUAUUACAUUUUUCCCUUUUGCAACUGCUUUUGUUUACUACUCACUCCCUAUUUUUUUUUAAGUGAAAUAUUUCUCUUUUACACAUAUGUCAAUACAAUACUUUGAUCAAUAAUAAUAUUUUUAAUUAUCAAUAAGUUAAAUUUAUAAUAAUUGAAUAUUAAUAAACUAUUCAUUAAGACGAUUUCAAUAAGUACCUACAAUACUAUAUUAUAUUUAUGAAUCAUAAACAUUAGUCAAAUUGGAUUAAUGGUAUAUAAAAAGUCAAAACGUUUCACUUAAAAAAUACGGAGUGAGUACACAUUAGAGGCAGAACGAAGAUUAAUGAUUCGCCUCCAUAUCUUCUUUGUCACAAAUCUGUGGUUUAGGGUCUUUGGAUUGGUUUAAUAUGCGGCCUCGUCUUGCAAUCUAGUUCACUUUUCCUGAUUACUCGACUCCGGAAAUGGACAACAUUUGAGCUCUCAACUAGCGGCAAUGAAAAUUCAGCUCCAUAAAAUGCCUGUGGGAUACGCAACUUAUUAGCCAAACAUAACUAUAAAUGAUAGAUUUUUUUUAGGGAAUAGGAAAAUUUAUUUAUGACUUAUAAAUUCCUUUUUUAAAAAUAAUUUACAAAUAUUAUUAUACAUACAUGGUGCAUAGUUAUAUUUUACAGCAACUUUUUGGUGCAGCAGGUCACACCGUGUGACAGGAGUUACUUGAGUUAUUUCGUUAGGGGUUACCCGAGUUAUUCAGUCAAGGUUACUUGA